GGAACGGCCAUGCUUGAGCUCUGUGUGUGUGCGCAGUUCCCCGUUGCUUCCCGGGGGGACUAGAUCCAGACCAGACGUUCCACUUCUUUCCUGAUACCACGACAUGAAUGCGCAUUCGACAUCUUCACUUUAAUUGCGUCCAAGACAUCCGCCCUCCACCAUGUCUCAGCGCAAGGCCACUGCCGCCGAGAUCUCGCUGGUCCAUCUCAAGAACUGCCUUGUCAACCUCCCAGCGUCUCUGGUCUCUCUCCUCGUGACUGUCAACACACCCGUACAGAAUGUUGUCGUGGAGCUCAGCUACCGAGAUGCGUCCCCCGCCGACAAGCCCUCCGCCCCUUCGGCCCAGAAGUCCGUCUAUCUCGGCUGGACCGGCAUGCCCAGCAAGAAGAAAAUCGCCUCAAUAGUUGGGAGAGAUGGAGUGGGCGGCUCGGGCUUGCGGGAGCAGGAUGUUCCCCUCGUCGAGCUUGAUCCGACUCUGGCCAGCACUUUGGGGCUGCACGAGGGCCAGAAGGUCAUGGCGACCAUCCAUACCGACCCCCCACUCGCACAUACAGUCAACAUCGAGCCGCUGACACCCGAUGACUGGGAGAUCAUCGAGCUGCAUGCCACAUUUCUGGAGCUCAACCUUCUGUCUCAGAUUCGCGCCCUGCCGAAUCCCGCCUAUACCCCGCCGUCCGGGACCAAGUCGAGCCCGCACCCAUUGACGCUCCAUCUAUCGCCCACUUCGACUGCGAAUAUCAAGAUCCUGUCUCUCGAGCCCGCGCAAUCAGCACAAACCCCGUUCGCCAAGAUCGCCCCCGACGCCGAGGUCAUUGUCGCCCCAAAGGUCAGGCCAAAAUCCUCACGGAGCAGCAGGGAAAACCGCAGUGUGGCGAGUACCUCGAGGAGAAGCGGCAAGAGUUCAACCAGCACGGUCAGGCGGAGGAGUCAGCGUGAGGAGCGCAAACCUGCCCUGUUCCUGCGAGGCCUUGACAGGAAGCUCUGUGACGAUUGGUUUGAUGAUGAGUCUGGGGUUGAGGAGUUGAGCAUCUGGGUCGACCGCGAACUUUUGGUGUCAAACGAGUUCAGAGGGCUCAAGUGGGUCACCGUGCACCUCAUGAGACCAUCCACGCUUGAGGAGCCCGCCCCGGUGCAAGGACAGCAGCCCCAAGGACAGGAUGCACCUGAAAUAUCAAGAUCCAGCCUUAGGGUUGUUGCGCAGCUCUUGCCGUGGGAUGAUCCACCCAACGGGCAAACGGCAGCAUUGUCAACAGUACUAUGCUCUGCGUUUGGCUCCGAGGGCCUGGUAGGAGGUGUUGUCAAAAUCGAACCAGCCGCACAGCCUCUGACUAAAAAGUCGAUUUUGAAGGCCGUCGCCGAGGUCGAGGACCGGCCAUCAGUGCAACAGCUCAAGGUAUAUCCCUUCACCAGUGACUCUGCAGCGCAGGCUCUUGGUCUGAAAUUCGGCGGAGAGUCCAAGUCCGAGCGGGAAGAGGCCGCGAAAAGGAUAAAGCAUAUUUAUGAUGGAAAGCGUGGAAAGAGCUUGUUUGACGGGCCUUUGACAGACGGGCUAGUAUUGAAUACGUUCGACGGCUUGGACUCGCCACCUGGCUGGGAGGGAGCAAUUAUCAAGUUCCACCCGCCACCUUCGUCUCAGAGCUCCGCAAAGGAACCUGCCCAUUGGAUACUGGGUUCUGACUGGCAACUUCCCCUCGACAUCCAGGCUCCUGUUCCUCGCCCAAAAUGGUUUUCAGAACCCGAAUCAACCAUCGUGCCACCUGAUGUCGGUCCUUUGGUUGGCAUCGACGCCCUGCUUGAUGAGCUCAAAUCCCACCUUUCUAAUUCAUCUUCAGUUCUCCUCACCGGUGCCUUGGGCUCGGGGAAAUCAUCUGUUGCGCUGGCGGUUUCGAAAUUCUUGCGGGAAGAACAGCUCUUCCACACUACAUAUUUCAGGUGUCGUACGCUUGUGAACGACGAGAGCAGGAUUGGCACCAUCAAAGAGACCCUGAACCGUCUCUUCAUGGGCGCAAGCUGGGGAGCUCGACUUGGGGGCAAAGCGCUGGUGGUACUCGACGAUUUAGACCGUCUUUGCCCGGUUGAGACAGAGUUGCAAGUUGGCAACGAGAACGGUCGCAGUCGCCAAGUAAGCGAGGCAAUCUGCUCUAUGGUUCGCCAAUAUUGUGGCCAAGACUCCAACAUAGUUCUUCUGGCCACUGCCCAAGGAAAGGAGUCCCUACACAACGUGCUCGUUGGGGGCCAUAUAGUGCGAGAGAUUGUGCCUCUGAGAGCCCCGGACAAACUUACCCGACGAACUAUCAUGGAAGCCAUCACCAUGCAAGGCGCGGUACAAGCAAAGGAGGACAAUGUUUCAACUCACGAUGGCAGUCGCCCUACAACAGCCAAUGGAAGCGCGGCUGGUGAAGAGAAUGCUUGGAUGGAUGGAGCAAGCCCGCCAUCUAGGCUUGAUUCCACCCCGCCCCCUAGUGGAUUCUCCAUUCAACCGGACCUCGACCUUCUUGAUAUAGCAGGAGAGACUGACGGUUACAUGCCGGGAGACCUGAACCUGCUCAUCUCGAGGGCUAGGAACGAGGCCAUCAUGCGGUCACUGACUGACAACACGGGCGACUCCGAUGUUUCUGCCGUCCCACUAGGCCGGGCUGACUUCGAGAGUGCUCUCAAAGGAUUCACGCCGGCGUCCUUGCGCAAUGUGACACUGCAGAGUUCUACAACAACUUUUGAAUCCAUUGGAGGCCUGACAGAAACACGUCAAGUCCUGCUGGAGACACUGCAGUACCCGACAAAGUACGCACCAAUCUUCGCGCAAUGCCCACUUCGGCUUCGGUCUGGUAUCCUCUUGUACGGCUACCCGGGUUGCGGCAAGACUCUUCUGGCCAGCGCCGUGGCCGGGGAAUGUGGCCUGAACUUCAUCAGCGUGAAGGGGCCCGAAAUAUUGAACAAGUAUAUCGGUGCAUCAGAGAAGAGCGUCCGCGACCUAUUUGAACGAGCCCAGGCCGCCAAACCUUGCGUGUUAUUCUUCGACGAAUUCGAUUCUAUAGCACCGAAGCGUGGUCACGACUCUACCGGCGUGACAGAUCGUGUGGUUAACCAGCUUUUGACGCUGAUGGAUGGUGCGGAGGGGCUUUCGGGCGUGUACGUCCUCGCAGCGACGUCACGGCCCGAUCUGAUAGAUCCCGCCCUUCUCCGGCCAGGUCGGUUAGACAAAUCGAUACUCUGCGACUUCCCCAACCUCGAGGAGCGAGUGGACAUUAUCCGGGCUGUCGGCAAGAAGGCCAAGCUCAGCGAGGCGGUGCUGGGGUCCGACGAGGACCUGAUGGAGAUCGCCAAGCGGACGGAUGGCUUCUCGGGCGCAGACCUCCAGGCCUUGGUCUCCAACGCACAGCUGGAAGCCAUCCAGGAUGUGCUCAAGGACACGGACAUCUCGGGCGGUGCAGGCGGCAGCGGCCGGCGCGCCGGACAGCGACACGGCGCGGGCAAGGCGGGCGGAUCGCUCCCGCACAGUUUCGUGCAGUUCCGGUACGGCGGAGAUGGCGCCAACGAGGGCCCGGCGCCCCGCGGCUCGAACAGGUCGUCCGAGCUCGCCGAGCAGGCCCUGAUAGUCUCGAAGCUGGAGGGCCUCAAGGCGUCGAGGAAGAGGGCCAAGCUGCUACGGAGCGGGCCCAGCGCGAACGCGGAGGCUGGGGCCGCGGGGGCCGGGGGGGACGGAGCCGCCAGGCCCGGCGGCGAUGGCCAGGAGAAGGAGGUCAUCAUCCAGUGGAGGCACCUGGUCAAGGCCCUCGACGGCACGAGGACGAGUAUCGGGCGCGAGCAGCGCACUCUGCUGCAGAGGAUCUACAGGGAGUUCGUCGUGGGCCGCAGCGGGGAGAUGAGGGAUGGCCAGGGGAGCAUGGAGGUCGGCGGGCGGAGCAGUCUCAUGUAACUGUGGGUCAUGCAUGGCAUGGGGGCUGUCAUAGCUUGCGGAACUUUGCCUGUGCCUGCAUUAGGAUUCGCAUAUAGACGAUUUAGCUGAAAAUGGGAAUCUGCAGGCCUUA